AUGUCUGGUUCCGUUAAUUCCAAGGUGCUCAUGGCUAUAGCAGUCUACUGUGCCAUCAUGAACGGAUGUACUAUGGGUUUUGACCAAUCCAUGAUGAACAAUGUGAACAUCAUCGAUCAGUACAUCGACUACUUCAAUCUGAAUUCCAGCAUGGAAGGGCUUUUCAGCGCCUCGAUUAACAUUGGCUCUGUUGUUGGUGGUUUUUUUGCCAGUCAACUUAUUGAACAAAAAUGGUGUGGAAGAAAGGGAGGUAUUUUGGCCAGUGCACUGAUCACGUACCUUGGGGUUGCCCUGCAGACUGCUGCACAGAACCGUGCCAUGUUCUGCUGUGCAAGAAUAAUUAUCGGAAUCGCUGUAACUGUCAAUGCGGUUGCGGCUCCCACUUAUGUCGCGGAAAUGGCCCAUCCCAAGGAUCGUGGAUUUUUGACCGGAAUCUACAUGGCUUCGUGGUAUUUCGCUGCCGUUAUCGUCACUGGUAUUGCACUUGGAACCUACACUAUCAAGUCCUCAUGGGCAUGGCGUUCUAUCUCAUUGUGCCAAAUUAUCCCCUCGUUGCUUAGUGUGCCAGUCUUGCCAUUCAUUCCAGAGACGCCGCGGUUUUUGGUUUUUGUCGGUAGAGACGAAGAGGCUCUGGAUGUGCUUGCUAGAUUCCACGCCAACGGAGAUCGCGACUCUGAGCUGGUUAAGGCCGAAUACACUGAGAUCAAAGAGGUCCUGGAGUUUGAGAAGGAGAGCCGCAUCGGCUGGUUGGACAUGUUCAAGACCAAGGGCAAUAGAUGGAGAAUGUGGAUCAUCUUCUGGAUGGGUGUGUUCUCGCAGUUAUGUGGUUCCAACAUUGUUGGAACGUAUCUUGGUGUGUUUUUGGAAAACGCAGGAAUCACUUCAACCCGCAAGGAGAUCGUCCUCAACUUGGUGCUGCAGAUUUGCAACUUGGUGUUUGCCGUUGCUGGCUCAUACUUCACCGAGGGGUUGGGCCGUGUGCCAAUCUUGCUUUGGUCUACCAUACUAAUGGCUGUUUGUCUGUUCCUCAUGGGAGGACUCCAGAAGGUGUACGGGGAUGGCACUAAUACGAACGGAACCAACGCACUCAUCUUUUUGGCCUAUCUCUUUUCGGUGACGUAUUCGUUUUCGUUCACUCCUCUGUGUGUGUCAUACCCAGUCGAGAUCGUCAAUUACUCUAUCCGUACCAAGGGAAUGGCUUUCUCGCAGAUUGUGACUUUCGCUUUCGGUUUCUUCAACCAGUACGUGAUCCCCAUUGCGCUGGACCAUAUAUCGUGGAAGUUCUACAUGAUCAAUGGCUCCUACAACAUUGUACAGGCUGCCAUCAUCUACUUCACUUUUGCCGAAACUAAGUCUUUGACCCUAGAGGAGAUUGACGAGGUCUUCGACGGUGUUGUCCACUCCAAGGUCAGGAUUGGAAACGUCCACAAAUUCGAGGGCAACCAUUCUGCAGAAGUGGAGAUUGACAAUGUUGCCGUUGAAACCAAGUCGGGCUAG